AUGGUCGUGGCGCAGCUCGCGGUUCAGGGAGCAGCGGGGGCGGCAAGGGUUGCUGCGGACGGCGGCGAGGCUGCGCGGCUCGCGCAGUUCAUGACCAUAUAUGUAGCGCGCGCGGGGGCGUGGGGCAGGUAUUGGGUGAUCGCAGAGUCCUGGAAGAACUGCGGGCGUGCGAGCGCAAUGGUCUGCCGCCUGAUGGACAUUCGCUUCGCGGCGCCGCCCAGGGCGAGGUGCUGCGCGUUCUUCCCGGGGGCAAGCGCCGCAAGCAAGGGCGCGCUGAUCGGAAUCCUCCAGGCGCUGGGCCAGGAUAUGUUCGAAGGGGGCCCGAGCCUGAAGUCUUCGCCCUGCUUCGAGUCCGUAGUGGCGGGGCGCCCUUCCUGCAGUGGGCUGCUAGCGCCCCCCCCCAGGGGGAAGGCGGCGACUGGGGCGUGCUGCUUAUUGUGGUACAAUUCGGAGAUCAAACGGCGCAUAGACUCUCCAGACUGGGCCUUCCGAGAGGGGCGCUUCACUCAGCUCGCUGGGGGCGCAGAGAUCGGCAAACGCACGGAGAAUGAAGACGCGUGCGUUCGGCAGAACCCAUGGUUCACAAUCGGUGUUCAGCGGGAGUUCUGGCAGAAAAGGUUCGGCGCCUCAGACAUCGGUCGCCCGCGGGCUUCCACGGUGCGCCUAGAUGUAAAGGAGGGCGCGCCGUUCAUCGGGGGCGCCAAGUGCGCCCCGGAGUCUUUUGCAGCGCGCGCGGCGAUGCAUGACGCGGCCAGUGACAUGAUGCGGCGCAUUCACUGCGGGGAUGCGCUGGCGGCCACCAUCGGGAAAUUCGUAGGCGAGGGCUUCGGAAGCAUUGCAGGAUGCAACGUGGGCCCCCGCAAUGCCGAGUGGGCGCGGGCUGUCUUUGAGACAGGGCUGGACGCCGCCGUUCCCCAGGACUGCGUGGUUCGUUUCGGGGGCGCUACCGCGGCCUCGAGACAGCUCUCGCGGCGCAUCGUCGCGCAAUGCUUCGCCGAGUCCGCGAUCGCUGCCAGUGCCGCCAAGGGCUGCGGCCAUGCUGUCGGAGGCGCGGAUGGUGCGUCACACGUCCAGUUCAGGCCCGUGGUCAACGCGGCCCGGCGGUUCUUGGAUUCUGUGGCGGGGCGCGAGGAUUGGCGACGCUUCGUUGAUGAGGCCGGGCUGCCAUGUCGCGCAGGCAACGGCAAAGUUAACCGCCCGCGGAACUCGUGCUUCCAGCGAGGCCCAGAGGCCGAGGUUCUCGCCCACGGCGGCAAGGACGUGCGCGCGGUGUCUGCGAGAGCAGAGCAGUGGCAGGCUGUUGGGGCAUGGAAGCUGCGCGACGCGGCCGCGCGGUGGCUCCCUGACGGAACCGGCUCUGACGACCAGUCAGCGCACGACGUGGUCGUCGAGCUGGCUGCGGAGCGCUCCUCCGUCGUGGUGGCCUGGGCGAUGCUGGCGGUUGCGUUCUGUUGCGUUGACGCCUGUGCCUUCGGCUUCCACACGCGAAAAACCCAGUUCACGAUUUUUUUAGUGACCCGGGCCACGGGAGCAGCGGAGCAGCGGAGCAACCUCCCCGCGCGCGCCCUUGGCAGGGCCUGGGACUCUAACGCGCAAG